UUUUAAGAAACGGGCCUUUUUAUUAUUGGGCCCCUUAAUGGGCAGAUCCACGAAAUUACAUGGGAAACAGAGACUACAAGCAAAUCGGAAUAGUAACCAUUGCCGGAAAGAAGACUCGUGCCCUAUUGACACCGUGUUGCAGAGGGUCCGAUAAUCAGCUCCGGCGGAUGCGAGAACCACAACUUUGCGGCGGAUCGAGGUAUCUAGUAAACGGGGAGGAAGCAUCCGACUCCCGACCACCGUUCCUUUUCCCUUCGACCAACCAGCCCGCCACAGAUCUCCCGGUAUGAACAACUCUCCGACAACUCGGCACGUUGUUGGUAGCUCCCGUUCCUAGCAAGCUCCAACUUCAGGCAUAUCCUCUUCUUCCCAGAUCUGGCGUUCUUCCAACUAGCCGAAUCAGAUCUCUUCACACCGGCCUGGCGGAAGCAAGUCACGGCAGCGAGCCCUAAUUGUUAAUUUGUUACUGCCUCGUCAAUCAUGCGGCAGAAAAAGUUAAGGCUCCUCUCCUUUUGCUCUAGUUCUCGUCGUUCAUCUUUGAAUCAGUCUCCAAAGGAUUUAGUGGCGACGAAAAUGGCGACGAGAUAUGAGUGUGAAGAUGCAAUCAGCUCUCUUCCAGACGAGAUACUUGCUCAGAUCUUGUCCUAUCUGCCCACGAAACGAGCUGCUUCAACUUCAGUUCUGUCUAAAAGAUGGAGAACUCUCUUCUCACUGAUGAAUCAUCUCUUUGCGUCGCAACACCAUCUCGACUUUGACGACUCAUAUUUCUUGAAUCCCAAGCUAAGUAAACAACAGAGAUCAAGAAGACGAAACGAGACUGGGCAAAGCUUCAGAGCUUUCGUUGACAAGACACUACUGUCUUGUAGUAACAGACCCAUAAACAAAUUCUCACUAAAACAUCGAGAGGAUGAUCUUCACCACAUGGAUCAGACCAAUAGAUGGAUAUCAAAUGUCUUGGAACGAGGCGUAUCGGAGCUCCAUCUUCGCAUAAAGACCACUUGGUUUGGGAGGCCACCACGUCCUCUUCCCUCAGAUGUAUUCACAAACAAAACUCUCGUUACGCUGACAUUAGGAACAUUGCUUUUUGUUGGAAUUGAUCCUCCAAAAGUGUUCCUUCCAUUGCUCAAGAGUCUCUCCCUUGAUACAGUUUACUACGUAGAAGAAGAGGAAGGCUAUUCCUAUUCCACCUCUUUUGCCGAGGUGAUGCUUGAAGGUUGCCCAUUACUGGAGGAGUUUUUCCUGAAUCACGUUUCAAUUGACCACAAAGAAGCUCCAGACCCAUCCGAAAUCAUAUCCCAUCAAAACCUUAAAAGACUCACAGUUAACAGAAGAUUCCAACUAUGCCAGCAAAUGGGCUUUGACACGCCCAAUCUUGUCUACCUCGACUACUCUGAUUACUCUAGAUAUGGUAUCGAAUCGGCUAAUUUCUUGGAUUCCCUUGUGGAAGCCCGCCUCGAUCUUGAUAUACCAUGGCGGGGACGGGCGAGAACUUUCCGUAUGAAUAAUAUAACGAGAGCAAUUGAAUGCAUGACUAACGUUGAGAUCCUUCACCUCUCUUCAAACACUGUUAAGCUUAUGUAUAAUAGACUCUAUGAUUAUUGGGAAGAAGAUCAAGAUGAUUGCGGCUUGAGUUUUCCACGUUUUGAAAACCUUGUUAAACUCUCUUUCGAGACAAGAUCGAAACGACAACCACGUUGGAAAAUGCUAACAGUUGUGAUGGAUAAGGCACCAAUUCUUGAAACUCUUGUCCUCAAGGGCUUGUACUCUAUCCGCUAUGAAGGUGUCUCCGUCAAUGAGAAUGUAGUGAAGGUGUUAGAGAUUUAUGGCUACAAAGGAGGUCGUAAUGAAUUGAGACAACUGAACCGUUUCUUGUCCCAGAUGAAUUGUCUUCAAUUGAUCAAAGUGGAAAUUGAUGCUGCAAUAGAUGAUAUCGACAAGAGACUUCAAAUCACCAACGACCUUCUUUCUCUUCCCAAAUGCCAAGUCCAGUUCUUGUGAGAAUAUUAUUAUCUAUACAACCAAAUCGGCUGCUAUACUAAUUAAGUGGUUAAUUCUUUGGACUUUUAUAUAAGGAUUUUUACAAACUAUGCUUUAUUAGUGAGAAUUCAAUAUACCCUCCUCUAGAUUCA